CAUCUUAAAGUGAGAAAUGCUUGUUUAUAGGACUUGGAGGCUGCGUCUUAACAAUAAUUCCUCCGAGAGAAGAAGCUGCCUUCAACAGUGCCUGUCAUUCUGAUUAACUUCAUCUGAUUUACUGAAAAACCGAACUCAUACUUUUACGCGCUCAAAUUUGAGAUCCGGAAGGAGGUCUCUGCAAGAACUACGGGAGCUGCCCGGGAUCUUUGGGAACAUGGCGGCCGCCGUAGUUGUCGCGGCCCAGAGAGUCUGCAAUGCCGGCAUCCUCAGGACCGCGUGCAGAGGUUACGCUUUGAUUUCAAACCAUGGAAUCAGUUGCCAGUAUGCUGCCUUGGCAUCGACAUUUCAGACACAUUGCAACAUUUCUGCAUCAUAUAAUGUGACAGUGCAGCAGAGAAGGCAGAGAAGCUUUUUCAAUAAAUUGACAGCCCACCAACUCUGGAAAGGAGUUGCAGCUGAGAAUACUGCAGGUGGAAGGAAAGGGAGAGGCAAGCGAGGCAAGCGGAAAAGAACAAGGGAUCUCAAUAGAGGCCAGGUCCUUGGCGAAGGAAAAAUUGGUUACCUUUGGCCUGGCCUCAAUGCUCCAUUGAUGGUAUCUGGAAAAGUUCAAAGCAUUUCCCAGAGAGAUGAAGAAGAGCAGAAGGCUUUGCAGUUAGCAAAAGCUGAGGAACAAAAGCAACUAGACAAAAGAAGGAGAAUACGGAUUAAGAAGGAGAGAGGUUGGACUGGACGAUCCUGGGGAGGUGUCAGUUUAGGACCUCCUGAUCCUGGUCCUAAUGGAGAAACAUUUGAAGAUUUUGAUAGCAGAGUACUUGAGCUAAGAUCUGUAUUUAACAUGACUUCAAAUGAAGGCCGAAAAAGAUCCAUGAGGGCCCUUGUGGCUGUUGGCAAUGGAAAAGGAUCUGCUGGUUUUGCUCUAGGAAAAGCAUCUCACAUGAAGAAUGCACUAAGAAAAGCAAAGAACAAAGCUAUUCGCCAUUUACAGUAUGUUGAAAGAUAUGAAGAUCAUACAAUUUAUCAUGAUAUUGCAGCCACUUUUAAGAAAACGACAAUUCGGAUGAAGAAGCAAAACAAAGGGUAUGGGCUUCGUUGUCACCGUGCUAUCAUCACAAUCUGCAAACUGAUUGGGGUUAAAGACAUGUAUGCCAGGGUUUAUGGAUCGAACAAUAUACUGAAUCUCACCACAUGUCUCUUUAAGGGAUUAGCUAAUCAGGAAACUCAUCAAAAGCUAGCAAACAAGAAGAAGCUCUAUGUGGUAGAAUUCCGUGAAGAAUGUGGCCCACUGCCCAUUGUUGUUGCAAAGCCUAAUAAUGGACCAGUCAGAGAAGAUCCUGAAUCAGAAGAAGUAGCUCUUGAUGUCAAACUGGAAUGGAAAGAAGUGAAGGCAGCACAGGGAAUGAAGAGUAGAUGGGCUGAUGUCAAAAGAGCGGUUUGGUAGAUUUGGGCAGUAUGUAGAUAUAAAUAUUAAAGAAGAGCCAGCAUAAUUGUAUAAUAAGGCAAUAUUUGUUUCCACAUGAAGUGAAAAAUAAUAUUAUUGCUUGCCUUGAUUAUUGCAGUCCUUUAUAAUGUAGUUCAGUUGGUGUCUAUUUGAAAUGCAAUGAUUUUGUGGUGUGCAGGCCGUAAAGGAAAAAGAAUUUACAAAAUCUCUUGACAGGAAAAUGAAUCUUUCCUCAAAUAACUGAAGAAGAUAACAGUAUGGAAAAAUAAAGUUAUAAUUGAAUUUCAUUUUGCUUCACUUAUCUCUAUAUGUUCAAGUAGGAAACUUGGACUUUUAAUGAAUGUGGUAAUUUGGUGCAUUUGGUUUUUAUUACUACUUGGACAAUACUGAACCAAAAGGAACAAUUGGAAGAAGUCCCAGUAAUGUUAACAAGUUUUGGAUAACUCCUUGCCACAUUCGUCAUUAUGACAGAGGAGGCAAAUUGGUUGCAGAAAGCUGCAGGUCCAAUUUCAGGGCUGAGAGAAAUAAGAUUGAAACACUAAAGAGCAGUUUUAAACAAUGUAGGAAGUUCUGAGAUAACAGAAGAAAUCGUUUGUCAUAGUAUAAGAAUUCAGCAAUAUCAACAAUCUUAAAACUUAUAUCCACCACUUUCAAACAUGUGUAAAAACAUUGCAUCCUUUUUUGGUGAUGGAACAAAAAGUUUUCUAGGUUGAUAGUAGGAUAGAACUUAUUGAAGUCUUGAUUGAAAAGGCAUUCUUUUCUGAGAAAUCAGAUAAUGAAAAUGCCAUCACUGAAUAUCAAAUAAAGGAGGGAUUUAAGAGGAUAAAAGGUAAGAAAGCUGCUAGGUCAAUAUGUUGAUGAUGACGUAUUGUGGAGCUAGCAUAGCUGUGACCUGAUUUCCUCAUAAAUGUUGUUGUCAAAGUAGUUAUGAAUUCAGUGCAAAAUCAAAAGAACUGGUGGCAAGGUAUGCUUUAUGGACAGCUCUGAUUAUAUUUCUAAUGCUUAAAAGGAAGGUUGCUCUACAGUAGUAGCUCAACAUCCAUAGUAGCUAAAAUGGUAUGAUCAGAUAAGAUUGCCAAUAAAUUCCAGUUUAUACAUAGUAUUUUCUAUGUAGCUGACAGGACUUCUGGCAUAAAGUGACUUUGUAUAUGUAUAAAUGUGAUUAAAUUUGUAAUAAGUUAAUGUUAUAUCCUGAAUAAAUGUCAAACAUUUGUUUA